AUGGAUUAUAAGCUGUGUGGAAGGUUUGAUCAUUUAAGGUUAUUUUAUUCCGAUGAAUUAGGAAAAUCUGCAGGUCGUGAUAUUCAUAGUUUAGGGAGUAUUAAUAGUUAUUGCUCUAAUGAAGUUCCAAAAGAUAAAAAUUGCAAUACUGAUAUCGAUAAAAUUAAGGGAGCAUUUUUAUGGUUAUUUGAACAAAGUAUUAUUAUUAAUAUUGAUAGUUUAAGUAAAGAUAAGUCUGGAGCAUUUAUUAUAUACAUUAUGAUAUGGUUAAGUUAUAUGUUAAAAAUAAAGAAUGUUAACACGUUUAAGAAUAUAAAUGAAUUUUAUAAAGAGCAUAUAAAGGAUAAUACACAUUAUACUAAUAACAAAAAAUGUGGUGAUGAUUGUAAUAGUAUAUUAAAAAAUAAACUUGAAUAUAAUAAUUUUAAUGAGUUCAUAGAAGCAAACGAAUAUUUGAUGAAUAUUGAUAUUAAAGAUAUAUCUAACUUUUAUGCUCCAAUUAAAUUAUUGUGUAAAAUGCAUACUGGAUGUAAUGCACAAAAGUCAAAUUGUACGGAAUGUUUACAAAUAGCUAAUGAAUUUGUUGAAACAUAUGAAAAACUUUACAACGAUUAUAAUAAUAAUGAAAAUAAGUCUUAUAGUAAAGUAUUGUCUAUAUUAUCAAAUGAUUAUGAUAAUUUAAAAAAUAAAUGUAACGAUGUUAAUUUUAAGGACAUUUCAUCCCUUCGAGCGAUAAAAACAAAAGAAAAUGGUGUGCAAAGUUCUGAACAUAGUUCUGAAGUUACAUCAUCAAGUUCAUCGGUAACAAACAAAUUGUUUAUAGUUUUAUCGAUAUUUGGUGCAAUAGCAUUUUUUUUAGGAAUUGCUUAUAAGUAUUCGUUAUUUGGAUUUCGGAAACGAACCCAAAAACAACAUUUAAGAAAAAAUCUAAAAAAAUAA